CCCCAAGACGCCAUUUUUGUUUUUUCUUAUAAACCAUUGACGGAGCAGCAGAAAAAUAUCAGAAAAGAAAAAAGACGAAUAUAGCAAAGAAAAAUUUUCCUUAAUUUUUUCGUUUUUAAUAGAAAUUAAAUUGUUUAAAUUAAACAAAACAUUUACAAAUUGACGUCGACAGCUAAAUAAAAUAGAGUGCGUAAUAAAAAUUAAAAGUGUUUAACCAUUUAAGAGGAAUCAAGUUGUUGGAAAAAUUACGGCAAACAAAAUAAAAUUCCAAUUUCGUAUUGAUAACAUAAUGUCGAAAGCUAAAAAACAAUCGCUGCCUGGUACCAGUACCACCGCAGUCGCUGAAACACAGGAGAUACUAUGUUACAAGCCAAAGGAUUUAGUAUGGGCUAAAAUGAAAGGUUUUGCUCCGUGGCCCGCUAUGAUUGUUGAGCCACCUUUAGAGUUACUGAAUAAUACACACAAAAAUAAUUCAAAAUGUGUAUUCUUUUUCGGUUCGAGAAAUUUUGCAUGGAUAGAAUUUAAUAACAUUAAACCCUAUGAGGGACCAUGGAAAGAUCAACUAUCGAAGUUAAAUAAACCUGCAGCAUUUCGACAAGCUAUGGAAGAUAUAAAAAAUCACAUUGAUGAUCCUACCGAGAUUGAUGGCAUCAUAAGUAAGAGUACUGGAAUUCGAACACUGCCCACUGAAGCCGAUUUCGAUAAAAUUAGAGAUGGGUAUUCCGUGGAAGAAGAGAUCACUAUUGAUACAAAUGCCAAUAAUGUAGAAAAUAAUGGUGAGGCAUCGACUGUGGAGGAUGACGAAGGAGUUACUGCUAAGACUCCCAACAAGCGUACACCAAAGGCUAAAAGUACUGCUGCCGCAAGUACUAAAGCAAAAUCGACAAGUUCGAAAUCGACUACAAAACGUCGCGGAUCUGCACAGAUACCAGCCACAGUUUCUUCAGCCAGUUCGAAACGUAAACGCAAAGAUAGUGAAUUUCUUAAUGACAGUACAACACCUAGACGUAAAAUUAAUACAGAUGCUCUGGCUCACAUAGGGGGACAUUCAAGUCCCCCGCGUCGCAAUAACAACUCUAUUGCUUUAUUAGAACGCCCAACUGUCAAAGUGCCUGAACAACAGGCCAUUGAUAUGAAUACGCGCUCUCAAACGUUAGCUGAGCGUGAUAUUGCCCCCUCAGAUUUAACCUUUGGUUUCUUGGGACUGGGUAUAAUGGGUUCAACUAUUGUUAAAGACCUUAUUUGCAAGGGUCACAAGGUGGUAGUGUGGAAUCGCACAAUGUCCAAAUGUGAACCGUUCAGAGAGGCAGGAGCUGUUGUGAAAGAAACGCCAAUGGAUGUAGUGGAUGCUUCAGAUAUAAUAUUUUGUUGUGUAUCAGAUCCCAAAGCCUCCAAAGACUUGGUCUUUGGAAAUUGCGGUGUCCUGCGCGUGGCAGACUUGUGCAAUAAAGCUUAUGUUGAAAUGACCACAAUAGAUCCUGAAACUUCGCAGGACAUUGCUGAGGGUAUAACUCAAAGUAAUGGAAGAUACUUGGAGGUACAAAUCCAUGGCACGCGUCAAGAAGCUGAAGAUGGCAUGCUAAUUAUCUUAGCUGGCGGUGAUCGUACUGUUUUCGAAGAAUGUCAUUCCUGCUUUAAAACAAUUGCCAAAAACACAUUCUUUUUGGGAGCAGAUGUUGGCAAUGCGUGCAAGGUUAAUUUGAUUCUACAGACCAUAUUGGGCGUAAGUUUAGUUGGUUUAUCUGAGGCCUUAGCAUUGGCUGAUCGUUUCUCAAUUUCCCUAAAAGAUAUAUUGGACAUUUUCCAACUGACGUCGAUGAAAUCGGAUCUGUUACUAGCAAAAGGAAGAGAAAUGGCAAAGGGAGAUUUUAAUCCCCAGCAACCACUCAGUCAUAUGCAGAAGGAUUUACGUCUAGUUCUGAGUAUGGCAGAAAAUUUAGAUCAGUCGAUGCCCGUUACCGCAAUAACAAAUGAAGUUUUCAAGCACACCAAACGAUUGGGCUACAGUGAACAUGAUUCCAGUGCAGUCUUUGUAAGAUCCAGAUUUUAACAAUUAGUUAAUACGGCGAUACUAUUUGACACAACAUUUACAACAACAAGAACAGAAAACAAUAACAUUUAAACAAAAA